AUGCCAUCCGGCCAUCUUGCCGAUAUUAUCAGACAGCCGAAGAUACUUGAGGAAUUCACCUACACCGUUGGAGGUCGACAACAUCACCCAGGGGAUGAACCCGGUUACAUCUAUCCACUGGACCUACAAGAGACGCUACUCCUUCAUUGCUCUACUCUACGAAUGCUUAACCUUGACGUAGACGCCGAUUUGCAGGCUGAGAAGGAUGAUGAAACGCUCACUAAUGAAAACUCAAACUUCGAAUCCUCUACUUCCCUGCCUAACCAGUUUAUCAAAUCGUUGAAGUAUUUUACUGCUUUGACGCACCUUAGCAUUGGGGUCGACUUGCUCCUGGGAAAACCGAGUGAUAUCAGUGGACAUCCUCUCCCCUCUUUUCAACCGCACGAGAAACCGGGUGAAUGCCAAUAUCACACGGACCAAAUUUCAUCUUCAGGAAGAAACGACAAAGGGAAGAACGACAUAGAGAAAGUCACUGGAGUUGAGGAGCCAAUACCAAGUGGACGGCAUAAAACGUAUGAUUCUGGCCUAUGGCUAGAGGAAUACGACUGGGCAUCCGAAUCAGAGGAAUUUGACUCAUCAGAUGAGAUGGGGGCGUCGGAGAAAGAGGAAACUGAGGAGGAAACGGAAUAUGGACCUCCGCCGCCGUGUCUUUUCAACUUUUAUUUGGAUGAUGGGUAUAGCUCGGGGAGUCGAUAUUCCAUGUACCCAAGGCUUAAGCCCUCUCGCCGAGGAAUCCUGGACGGAUAA